CACACGUCACUCCUUCUGUCAGACAUUUCAAGUUGGCUGCCAUGCUAAACCUUCACUAUGCUGUUGCAGACAAAUGCGUAGGCUUUCCUGCCAGGAAGGGAGAUUACGCUAACAGUAGAAGCGCCCCUGCACUGCAGUUGAGGAAACGAUGUCUUGGUAGUGAUGCUUUCGCAUGCUGCAUGAAGAAGCACUUGAGCAGUAGUUAUGGUGGGUCGAGGCCUUCCUACGUUGUGACAAUGGAUCACAAGAAACCUAGAGCCGGUUCAGCGCUAUCAAAUGAACCAUAUGGUAUCGGGAUCACAGAGUUCCUUGGCGGCAAGAACUUCCUCAUCACUGGUGGGACUGGACUUCUAGCAAAAGUUAUUAUUGAGAAAAUCUUGAGGACAACUCCUGAUGUUGGCAAGAUAUAUGUGUUGAUAAAGGCGACGGACAGCGAGGCCGCGCUGAAAAGGUUGCAGAAUGAGAUAGUCGACACAGAACUUUUCGAAUGCUUACAGAAACUCCAUGGGAAAGACUACCACCAUUUCUUAGCAAGAAAACUUGUUGCCGUAGUAGGCAACGUCAGAGAAGACAACAUGGGCAUUGCGCCGAAGCUAGCGGAUGAGAUUGCAAAACAAGUGGACAUCAUCAUCAAUAGUGCAGCGAAUACAACAUUAGAUGAGAGGUACGAUAUUGCUAUGGACGUCAACACCAUGGGACCAUUCCGGCUAAUGCGUUUUGCGCAUAGAUUUCAAAAUCUGAAGCUAUUUUUGCAUGUAUCAACAGCUUAUGUGAAUGGGAGGAGGCAAGGCGUGGUGCUAGAGAAGCCAUUUAGCAUGGGAGACACCAUCACGAAGGAGUUGGGUCACUCAGCAGAUUCUUCAGGACUUAAGAACACCGGGCUUGAUAUAGAGGCAGAGAUGAAGCUGGCUUUUUGCUCCAGACCUAACUCUAACAACUCAACAUCUUUCUCUCAAGAAAUGAAAGAUUUAGGGACUGAGAGGGCAAGACUCCAUGGAUGGCAAAACACCUACGUGUUCACGAAGGCCAUGGGGGAAAUGGUCCUCGACAGCAUCCGAGGAGAGAUACCAGUGGUGACGAUAAGGCCAAGCAUCAUGGAAGGCACUUGGAGCGAUCCGUUCCCAGGCUGGAUAGAAGGAAUCAGGAUGAUUGAUCCCAUUAUGCUGUACUACGCCAAAGGCCGGCUGAGUGGGUUCCUUGCCGACGGGGAAGGUGUCGUCGAUGUGGUUCCGACAGACAUGGUGGUGAACGCGACCCUCGCAGCGGUGGCAAAGCACGCUAAGGCCCUAGGGGCGGCACGGGAGAUGCACAUCUAUCAUGUGGGACCAUCGACGGUGAACCCACUGAUGUGGCGCGACAUUUUCAGCUUCUUUUUCCAGCAAUUCACGAGGUACCCCUUCAGCAACGCUGCAGGGCAGCCAAUCAAGGUGGCACCGAUGAGGCUCUUCGGUACCAUGCAGCAGUUCAACAAGAACGUGGAGAGGGACGUGCUGCUCUGGGGCGCCAGCGAGAGCGAGACGCUCUCGCCUCGGGCGCGCAUGCUUUUCACCAAGUACGCUGAGAAGAUCAUCCACCUCGCCCGCAUGUACCAAUCCUACAGCUUCUGUGCCUGCAGGUUUGACAAUGCCAACACGGAGGCGCUCUUCGCAGAGAUGUCAGUGGAGGAGAAGGCGCAGUUCCACUUCGACGUGCGGAGCAUCGAGUGGAAGGAGUACUUCACCAACGUGCACAUCCCGGGGUUCCUGAAACACGUCAUGAAGGGGAGGGGCGGCGGUCCCUCCAUUGCUGAAAAAUAACUAAAACAUGCAUGUAGCGAUCCAUGCUUUUGCCUUUGCCUUCGCCAGACAAUCGAUGCAACAAUUCCCUCCCAUCCUUUCCUUGCAAACGCGCCUCCUCGAAGCAUUGCUCAGGGUGGUAUAUAUGUAUGCAACACAAUACUUAUCAUCCAUAAAAUAA